AUGGCAGAAGUGGCAGUGCCUCGAAAGCUGUGGGACCCGCCGAAUCCCAAUGGAACGUUGGCGUACAAGUUCAUGCAACAAGUCAACAAGAAACGAGGGACAAAUCUGCACGCGUGGGACGAGCUACAAGCGUGGUCAACUGAUCAGAGGAGCCAAUUCUGGGAGGAGCUUCUACAGCAAUAUCCGAUCAUUCACGAUGGAAGCUAUAGUCAAGUGGUUGACGAGAAUGCACGAAUGGACUCCAAUCCAGCGUGGUUCAAGGGAGUCAACGUCAACUUCGCGGAAAAUUCGCUGUUCUGGCCUGAUGAGAGGGAUCCGAGCAAAGCUACUACCUAUCGCAAGGAAGAUCAUAGGAUAGCUUGCACUGAGGCUCGAGAGGGCGGCACAGAGAUUCGACAAUGUACGUGGAAGGAACUGCGAGAGCGCACCGCACUCUUGUCAAAUGCAAUGAGAGCCAGAGGUGUGAAGAAGGGAGACCGUGUAGCUGUGGUCGCAUCUAACUCGAUUGACACGCUUGUCGUAUUCUAUGCCAUCACGGCGCUCGGCGGCAUCUUCAGCAGCUCUAGCACCGAUAUGGGGACGAAAGGCAUUCUCGACAGACUACGACAGAUCAAACCUCGAUAUGUGUUCAUUGACGACUGGGCCCUGUACAAUGGCAAGACUAUCGACCUGAGAUCCAAGAUGAAUGAGAUUGUCGAUGGAAUGAAGGGAGUGCAUGAGCUCAGCUGCAUCGUGAGUAUGCCACGAACGCAGUCGAAGCCAUUGGAUAUCUCUUCUGUCAAGCGAUGCGAGACGCUUGGUAAUUUCCUCGAGGCCGCGAAAGGUGACAAGACGAUUCGAUUCGAGCGCAUCCCAUUCAGCGACCCAUUCUUGAUCGUGUACUCCAGCGGUACGACAGGGAUGCCGAAGUGCAUCGUCCACAAUGUUGGCGGUGUCCUACUGAACAGCAGGAAAGAAUCAAGUCUUCACAGAGAUACAGCAGCGUACUCGCCAGACGAGCUAUGUACGCUGCAAUUCACAACAACGGGAUGGAUUAUGUAUCUCAACAGCUGCUUGUCUCUGGUUAGUAGCGCACGGGCGGUCUUAUACGACGGGUCUCCUUUCCAGCCGGAUCUCACGUCGUUCUUGAAGCUUGUGCAAGACCAGAAGGUCACGGACUUAGGAAUCUCGCCUCGAUGGAUGCAGACAUUGGCGACCGCAAAGCCACCAGUCCUACCCCGGGAAGUUGUCGAUCUGAGCAGGCUGAGGCGAGUCAUAAGCACUGGGAUGGUCCUGUCCGAAGCACAGUUCGAAUGGUUCUAUGACCAAGCAUUCCCAGCCCACGUCCAACUUGACAACAUCUCCGGCGGCACCGACCUAGCAGCCUGCUUCACCUCCGCCAACAUGAUGCAACCCGUCUACAGCGGCGGCUGCGUCGGGCCCUGCCUGGGCAUGAAACUCGAAGCCUACGACCAAACCAUCGAAGGCGGCCGCGGAGUCAAAGGCAAGCCCCUCCCACCCGGCGAGCCCGGCGAAAUGGUCUGCACGCGAGGCUUCCCGACGCAACCCGUAAUGUUCUGGGAUGACCCUGGCAAUGAGAAGUAUUUCAAGUCGUACUAUGAGCGAUUUGAUAAUGUCUGGACGCAUGGAGAUUUCAUUUCUAUCCAUCCCGUCACGGGUGGGAUUACGCUGCAUGGUCGCGCGGAUGGAGUGUUGAACCCGAGCGGUGUGAGGUUUGGGAGUGCGGAGAUAUAUAAUGUGAUUGAUUUGCAUUUCGGCGAGGAGGUACAGGAUAGCAUCUGCGUAGGUCAGAGGAGGCCGCAGGAUAUGGAUGAAAGUGUGAUGUUGUUUUUGCUGAUGAAGCCUGGGAAGAAGUUCGAGACUGGGUUGGUGAAGAGGAUCAAAGAUGCCAUUGCAAGGGAUUGUGGGAGGAGGUGUGUGCCGAAGUAUGUUUUUGAGACGCCGGAGAUUCCUACCACGAUUAACUUGAAGAAGGUCGAGCUGCCGGUCAAGCAGAUAGUGUCAGGCAAGACGAUCAAGCCCUCGGAUACGCUAGCCAACAAGGAGUGUUUGAACUUCUACUACCAGUUUGCGGAAGUUGAGAAGGUUGUCGAGCCCAAGAGCAAGCUCUGA